AUGGACAGCCCAACAAAAAGUAAUGGCGAACGAAGAGAUGAGAUUCAUACUGCUAGUCUUGCCAAAAGUCAAGGAGCAGUUGAAACACUGUCCUCUUACCUCUCACUUCAAACCAUUCUGGACCCCUGUUCACUCCUGAGAUUACAAGAAGGCCAGAUUGCUGAGCGCCGAACCGAGGAACUUGAACACAUCGGCGAAGGAUUUUGCGCCACCAUCUACGACUUCGGCAGCACCGGCCAGGUAAUCAAACAGGCAAAAGAGUCACGGAAACUCCCGGAAUUACUUGUCGAUUAUGUUGCGCAUCGGAAGAUUUACGCCGCCGGCCUACACAUGGCGGUACAAGUCUGCAUUCCUCGUCCAGCAGAGUUCAUCAACCCGGAAAAGCUCGGCGCUUGGUAUAAAGAAAACAGAGAAUCGAGCAAGCUGCCGGAUAACCGAUCUCUCGUCAGCAGAAACAUGGCGAUCCUCGUAUCUGAGCGGAUUCCGGCACUACCUCUAGAGAUUCGCAACGCCAUCAUCGAAGUUUUCUGUCCCAAAGAGCAGAGAGUGGCUGCUCGUGCUAUCAGAAGGAACAACAACUGUCUUGCUCGACUGUACCUGGGCCGGCGUCGACAGAAUACCAGAGUUGAGGGAGGCUUCGAACUGCGCAACUUCGAAAUGACCUUGGAUAAGUUGGAGAUCCUCAACCUCGACCCACUUCAGUACGUGGCACCGAUGGCAGAGGCCUUAGCAGUGAUGCAUUGGGAGACCAAGCACGAUGCAUUCGAUGUCGAGUUCGUCCUCGCCUCCUCGCCGAGACCGACAACUCGAACCGCAGAGUGGGCAUCGAUCAAGACGACACGGGAACCCGUUGAUGGCUCCGAGUCUCAUCAGAAGUCGGUGCAGGUUUGGCUUCUAGAUUUCAACCAGGUGGGAGAGAUCACCAUGGACAACAAGGGAGUGGGAAGGGCAGUGAGGGGAUUCUGGGAUAAUGAUCCGUACUACCCCAGGCCAGCUACGGAGGAGGACUCGCAGGACACUACCGAGGCAAAGCUGUGGCGUAAAUUCAAGCAGGUGUAUCUGGCGACCUCGGCUAAGAUUCUGAAAGACAAUACACUAGCCAAGGUCUUCAUCAAGGCAGUCGAAUUGGAAGGCAAGAAAAGAUUAAUAUGCCCUCCCGUGCUUCAGGGUCCGCCGAGAGCAUCGACAACUAUAUCUAUACCACUACGAUCCGCCGGCAAAAAGAAGCAGAGGAGUUAUGUCGACUUCAAUGACUAA